CGGACGGGAUGGGACGUCUGAUCGUCGGCUCGAGUGCGGCAGCGGCAGGGUCCCAGUCCCCCGAGCGGCCGGGGUGUGCCUCCUUCCCGGUGGGGCGUGUGCCGCCUUCCCGGUGGGAGCCGCCUGCGGGAGGCUUUCUGGCCCCGGCCCAUGUGCGGCCGGGUCUGCCCGGCGCCGGCCCCGAGUGCCAGCCGUGCAGGAAGCGGGAGCGUUUCCUGGUCCGGUCCGGACCGGAAUGGCACUUCUCCCAGGUGGAAGAUUGCAUCAGGUCCAGCCGGGACGCACUUGUGCACCCGGGUCAUGUUUGUGAUCGCCUUCUUGAUGGGCCUGGGAAGAGAGCCAGCAAGGCCAAGACCCUAGGUCCCUGUCGGGAUGGCCAGGUGGACGCCGACUGCCACGGGGCCUGCCGGCGCGUAUCCCGCCGACGGGCCUCCGGUUCCGGGCUGGAGGAGCAGUGCCAACCGGCCAGGGAGAGCCGCAGCGGGAGAGCCAGGAGACUGCCGCAGAAGGCGGGGUGCGAGCGUUGGCAGCAGGGGAGGGACGAGUCUGGACAAGCAGUUCUGGACAAAGUGGAGACGGAGCGGGGUUCCUAGAGUCUGAAGGUGAGGAGAGGGCCCGCAGCCAGAUGGAGAGCUGGGGUGGUAGUGGAGAAGGAGGUGCUGAAACGGAGGUGAGCGGGGCACGAGGGUCUCCAAACUCACAGCGCAGCGGGGAAGGACCUCGUGCUUCUCCACGGGCACCCUGGAUGGAUUGCAGAGCUGAGUGUAGGCAGGCAAGCUGGUCAGUUUGGUACCUGGCUGCUGAGGGGUGUCUGAAGCUCUGUUAACCACAAGAGGGGAGGGUGAAAGAAGGGGGUUCCCAAAAGGCAAGCCAGCUUGGCUUCAAGACCCAGAGUUGACAGGCUCAUGUUUGGCAAUGGGCUUUCUCUGGUUGGCAUCACAGUGAGGCACCUGACAGAAAAGUGGACAGCGGAACGCCUCCCAUCAGGAGAAUCUUUCAGCAGGUUGAUGGAAAGCAAAGAGAUUGAGGACUUGACGAGAGGGGAGAGGUGGGGCAGUGGUGGGGGGGAAUGUGGGAGAGGGGCUGAGUGGAGAGGUCAAGAGAUUGGAGGUCUUCCAUCCACAAAAACAGGUAUUUUUGAGCACAUUCUGGGUGCCAGAGAUAAAGCAGUGGACAGAACAGACACCGUCCCUCAUCUCAUGGAGCUUAUCCUUUGUUGCUGGCACAGAGAGGAGGGAGACAGACGAAACAGAAAUAUAUGCUAGGCGGUGAGCAGUGCGAGGAGAAGAAAGGAGAGGAAGAGCAUACAGAGGAUGAGUGGGUGCUGUUUUGGAUAGAGGGGUCAGGAAGACAUCUGGGAGGGAAGGAGUGGACAUUACAGAUACUUAGAGGAAGAGCAUUCUGGGACGGUUGGGUUGAGAAAGCAGGAGAUGAGGCUGGUGUCCAGAAAUGGGGUGGCCCAUGUGAGGAGGACAAGUGCUAAAGGAAGAGACCAGACUUUGCAGGGCCUCUCGUGUCCUGAAGAUCAGGAUUUUCUCCUGCGCUGUGGAACGGGGGACGUUUUCCGUGGAAGUGUGACCUUACCUACUUACAUUUUUUAAAAACUGAAGAACAUGUCUGUUGUCUUCUGUAAAUACUGGUGUUCUUACUGUGCACCAGGCACGUUGGAGAAGUCCUUGCCCUCAGUGAGAUUAGAGGCCUGGAGGGUCCCCCAGGAAAUGGUUGUUACCUGUCCAGGCUCUGGGUUGGACUUCCUGGAGUCAGAUUUCUGAAUAAUGGAGUGCUUUUCCUCCUGGGGAAGUCAGUGCUAGUAAGAGUUAAACACAAGGUAGGGCAGGUCCCCUGGCACGAAGCCAUUCCUCAGCAAGUGUCAGCUGCUGUCCCUUUAAUUACAUUAGAUUCCCUGAUGGGGAACACAGUGAAAGGUGGUGGGAAACCAGCAAGCAUCGAGUGGCUGCGAGGUGGAGGGUGUUGGGAGCCCCCAAAGGAGAGCUGGACAGGGGACAGCACUUAUGGCGGGAGCGGGGGUGUAGUGGCAAGCCAUGCAGAUUAGCUCUGCUCCAGAGCCCUAGAGGGUGAUUGCAAGGUUGGGGGCAGGGGCAGUGGAGUACAGCCAGAAGACAAGGUCAUGGCAGAGGGUGGUGAGAGGGCCUGGGGAUUGGAGGCUUGAGCUUCUGGACCUCAGUAAUGCUGGAGGGCAGCUGACAAGGAGUAACUGAGGAGGGGAGCGGGCUGGCAGCUGGGUGGCACUGGCCUCAGGAGCAGGGGGAGGCAGGAGUGGCAUGGAUGAGGUCCUGAGCUGGGAAGGAGGACUACCUCCGCAUUCGCUGUCCCUGAGUAACAGUCCAGUGGCUUUCAAAAGACACCUUGUCCCAGCUUUCCCGUGGAGGGAGAGGGGCAGGGCUCAGAGCUCCCCUGUUGCAGGCCAACUGGGACUGGAGUUGGUUUCUGGGCUCACUGUCAUUGGAAGCCAUGGCAAGCUCCUGGGGAUGGCAAGCAGGGCCUCAGUGGGUGGUGACCCAGCUAGAAGGGCGUUCUAAUUCCAGGGGUGAAUUACCCUGGAUCCCAAGGCGUGGGGUGAGCUCUCCUUCAGCUUGGGGAAUCCAAGACUAUAGGGGCUGGUGGGUGGCCGAAGCCCCAGGGCCUUCCCAUGGUGGAUGCAUCCGGAACCUGAAGCCACAGGAGCCCUGGCCAGGCAUUAGUCCUCUGGGCUAAUGCCUGGCCAGCAGGACAUCAAGUGCUCACAGCCAAAGGCCUGAGGGUGUGGGGCCCACUGCAGGGUCCAGCCCUGGGGAUAAAGGCUGCAUUGUUUGAGCAAGGCUCUGUAAAUGAGGCCUUUGAGAUGGAUUUUUACCCCAGCUGGGAGGCCUGGUUGCUGUGUUUUUGGAGACAGCAGUGAGUUCCAGAAUACAGGGCUGGAGGCCCCCUUGGGCUCCGGAGUGGCUCCUGGGAGGGAGGAGGAGCCAUUCCACACAGAAGGGGAGACUAGGCUGUGAGGCUGGGAUUCAUCCCUGCUUCUGGGACUCCCUCUUGCAGGACUCCCAGCUCAGGCACAUCCCCUGUCCCUUGGGUCUUCUUCCCUCAGCUGCACUCCUCAGUAGGUCCCACACCUGCCCAGCUGAGCUUGGAUCUGUCACCACAGGGUCUGCACUCUGGGAUCUGGCCACAGGCUGCCCACCCUCUCUGUCUUUCUGAGCACACCCCUGGUUCCGUCUGUUCUGGGGCCCUCCCUUCCUGUCCACAUCUAAACCUUUCUGGUAAACCUGCUGGCUUCCCAGUGGCCCCACCUUCCCCACAGGCCUGUGGUGCCCUGUGUCUGUGUGGCCUCCUAGAAGCUCCCAGGGCUACCCUGGGCUCUCCUGUGAGGCAUCUCUGGAAGUAUGAUGUGUGACCCAACAAGAGCCAUUUCCCAAAGAGAACAGUCUUGCCCAGGUAAGUAGCCAGAGGGUGGAGUUACCUUGACUGUGCUCACCGGUCACCUGCCUACAACAGUUUGUGCAGGGCCCGGGUUCUUGCUGUGACACCGAAAGUGGUGAUGGAUGGUCUCUGAAAUUGUGAACAUGGAUGGGGGCUUCUCGGAGAGUCACGAGGCUGGUGCCUGCUGUGACUGUGGCCUCUGCUGUGGGACAGGUGCAGGAGAACUCCCCAGCCCAGCAGGCAGGCCUGGAACCCUACUUUGAUUUCAUCAUCACCAUCGGGCACUCGAGGCUGAACAAGGAGAAUGACACGCUGAAGGCCCUGCUGAAGGCCAAUGUGGAGAGGCCUGUGAAGCUGGAGGUGUUUAACAUGAAGACCAUGAAGGUGCGGGAAGUGGAGGUGGUGCCCAGCAACAUGUGGGGCGGCCAGGGCCUGCUGGGGGCCAGUGUGCGCUUCUGCAGCUUCCGCAGAGCCAGCGAGCACGUGUGGCACGUUCUGGACGUGGAACCCUCUUCACCUGCCGCCCUUGCUGGCCUGCGCCCAUACACAGACUAUGUGGUUGGCUCAGACCAGAUCCUCCAGGAGUCCGAGGACUUCUUUACGCUUAUCGAGUCCCAUGAGGGGAAGCCCCUGAAGCUGAUGGUUUACAACUCCGAAUCCGACUCCUGCCGGGAGGUGACUGUAACUCCCAACGCAGCCUGGGGUGGAGAGGGCAGUCUGGGGUGUGGUAUUGGCUACGGGUAUCUGCACCGGAUCCCAACCCAGCCUCCCAGCCACCACAAGAAGCCACCUGACGCCCCUCCACCGGACGCCCUGCCACCUGACGCCCCGCCACCUGACGUCUUGCCAUCUGGUGCCCCGCCACCUGGUGCCCCGCCACCUGACACCCCGCCUCCUGAUGCCCCGCCGCCUGGACCCACCCCUCAGGACUCUCCUGCCUCUUCAGGCCUGGAGACAGGCUCCAGGCAGGAUGACUACAUGGAGGCCCUGCUGCAGGCACCCAGCUCCUUCAUGGAGGGACAGUUUUCUGAGCCUGGGAGUCCCAGCCGUGGUGCUCCAGACCUUGGGGGAUUUCCACAUCCCAUGGAGACACCUCUUCAACCUCCACCUCCAGUGCAGCGUGUCAUGGACCCAGGCUUCCUGGAUGUGUCAGGUAUCUCUGUCUUGGACAGCAGCAAUGCCAGUGUCUGGCCCGGCCUGCCCUCUGCCACAGAGCUGACGUCCACGGGUCUCUCAGCCUCUGGCCCUGAGGACGUCUCCAGCAGCGGUUCUCACGAGCGUGGUGGUGAGGCCACAUGGUCCGGAUCAGAGUUUGAGGUCUCCUUCCCGGACAGCCCAGGCACCCAGGCACAACCAGACCACCUGCCUCAGCUAACUCUUCCCGACAGCCUCAUCUCGGCAGCCUCACCGGAAGACGGCCUGUCUGCUGAGCUGCUCGAAGCGCAGGCUGAGGAUGAGCCGGCAAGCACAGAGAGCCCAGAGUGCAAGGCAGAGGCUGAGGGGGCAGGUGGCCAGGCCCUGCUCUCCACCCCUGAAUAACACCCUAGGCUGUGUCCAGGUCCCUGAUGGCAUUUCAUGAGGCUGAGACGGGGAGGAAGCCACUUAGGCCGCACUAUGCAGCUCAGCCCCUUGCCUGAUCCCGGCCCAGUGUGUGCAGCUUUCUAGGCAGUGGCUCCCGGUUGUGCAGGCACUUCUGCAGUUCGGGAGCUCAUGUGUGCCCAUAACCCCUGCUGGCGUCCAAGAGAUGACCUUCCAGCAUUGCUUCUGCCUGGUGGUCCUGGCUUUGGGGAGUCGGGCACUUGUUUUAGAGUCUCAGACGAGUCCUUCUGGGGUGGUGGGGAGCUGGGAGCAGCAGCCAGAUUAAGUUUUGCAGGAGCUGGGGUAGGAGAGGAAAAGGACUAUUUUGCUGCUUGGGUCAGGCAGAGAGCCUCAGUGGUUAGGAAGAGGAGACCAUCGGCAAGAGCAUCUUUAGGCCACAUUGUACCCUUAUGUCCAGUGCUUGCUCCUGCUCUGGUCACUAAGGCAGCCCAGGCAGCAGCAGGGUCCACACAGGGUCAGGUGUGAAGGAAGGAGGAGGAUUGAAGGGUGGAGUGAAGGAGGAAGGGUUGGGUGUGGAGUAUUUGCCUACAACUUGCUAGGGCUUGCCUUGAUUCUUCUUGUACAGCUCAGCUAGCCCCGUGUACUAGAAGGCAGCCCCACAUAGGGGACCCCUGAGGCCCCAGUUACCAUCUCUUGUAGAAGUCUCAUAUCCUCACCUCUGCUACACUGCAUAGCUGGCUCAGGCUGACUGACAUCUGCCAGUCACAGCUGGAGGAGAGAAGCAGUGAACUUGUCCAUCUCUCCUGGGGAGGAGGGUUGGAAAUUCUAGCCCUGUCAGCAGAGACUCACUUGUUCUGGGACCAUGAUGUCUCUUCCCCAGGGCCUACACCCCACAGUACCCCUAGUGGUGACUCCUGUCAGAUCCCAAACUUACACAACCAUCUCUUCUAAAUAUACAAGGCAUCCAGGCUGCCCAGUGGAGAAUACAGAUUGCGAAUUUAAAUUCACCAACCAAAGCCAGUCCUGACUGGACUUCUUGAACACAGCUCCCACCCUAAGGGGGAAUGAGGGGCCUGGACAACGGUGGGUAAAGGCCAUUCUGUUCUUUCCCAUAGUAUGGGAGGCUGUUCCCUCCACCCCCAGUGCCCAGAGUGGCUAAGACUAGGCGAGAUCUUGUGCUUUACCUGGUUGCUCCAGAAAGAGGAGGGUUCCAUGCAGGAAUAGCUCCUGAAGUCCCUCACCUGCCCACAUCUUGCCAAUUGCUACAAAAGCUGCCUCUGGCCUUGUCUUCUAGCUGCUACCCAGUUGAAAGUCCCACGUUUGCGGCUUGAUCUGUAAUGUGGGCACUUAACAGUGCAUUCAGGGUUCUAUUGGGCCGUCUGCUCAGGGGGAGGCACAGACCAAGUAUAUGCAGGGAGGGCCCCCAAUGAGCAAACUCUUCAAAUUUCUAGCACUGUGACUGCAUUUGAAGCAAGCCCUCGUCAAGCCUGUCAUGGCAGCUGAUAAGCCUGUCGAGCAGGGAGGUGUUGUGUCCAAAGCCAGGUCUGGAGCUGGGUUCUGGGAUUUUCUGGGAGCCGUGUCCACCUGUAGGAAUCCAGGAAGUAGAAGAGAAUCACCUGUUUGGAGGCCAGCUUCCCUGAACUUCAGCCUGGCAGUCUGGCCCGACAUCUCCCUCACCCUAGGACUCUGGCUCUUCCUCUCUCACUUUUACAUACUCCCUGCCCUGACCAGGGGGAUAAAAUGGGUACUGACGUUGAUGACUGUCAGGGUAAACAUGGAACCAGAAGUUUCUCUGUAAUCUGCUAUGAAGGAAAAUGACAAGUGAAAGAAAUAAAGGUGUAUUACACUUUGAAA